CACGCUUUGGUAUAUUUUGCACAUCACUAUCGAUCGAAGUUGGUCACACUGCAAGCUUCCAUCUAAGUACAUUUUUUUUUUGCGGAUUCUAUUUUCAUAAUUUAGAAUAACGCGUUUUAUUGGAGAGAAAUAGAGCGUUUUGGUGCGUUGCUGUGAAACAUUGAAAUUCACAGCAGUGCAACUCUAUAUUUAGGCACUUGAAGCACAAUUGCUCUUCGCAAAUAGUCCUACAUCUGCGUCACAAGUUUCCAUGUCGGCGUCACAACGCGGAUGCGGCAUGAGCAAACAAAUUAAUAUCAACGCUCUCAAGCAAAAUUAAACCACGCAAGUCGACUGAGUAAAUAGGGAUACCGAUCCCCAAUGCACAGUAGUAGAUCGACGAAAGAUUGCUGCCAUGUCUAGUUCGGUGUUCAACGAGACGCCCAGCAUACGACCAAAUGGCGCUGAUGGAGACUCCAACCUGGUCGUGGUUUACACCAAAAAUGGCAUCUCAUUUGACGAGCGUGCCAUUGGUAAUAUCAUCGAGGAAAAAUCAAUUGCGAGUAUUAGCGUUGUGCGGCUGACGUCGCCAACGCCAAGCAUGGUCGAUCAGGAGGAAACCGAACGUCUGGAGGAGCUGGAGCGUUUCUUAGAAGCGGGCACAGAUCGUGAAGAUUCGGAUGCGGAUAGGGAUACGGAUAACGACAGUCUGAGCGGCGGCGAUGAGCUGAUCAGCGAAAAAGAUCAUGUUACCGGCGAUGAUAACGACAACACCGGUUGCGAAAACAAUGACGACUCCACAGAAACCGAAGCGGAGGCGCCCAAGUUAAAAAAGCGACCCGGCCGCAAACCGAAACCGCCCAAGAAGCAGAAGAAACGUCGUAAACCAAAGGAACGCCCACAAAUUGUUGGCCUAAGCGUUGAACAGUUCUACGCGGAAAACUCGGCCGAUCUGGUGGUGAAAAAUGCACUCAAACUCGCUGGUCUCUCCCUAUACAAGCGCACGCCGGAAACCGAUGCUAUCAUGGAGGUCAUCCGAAAUGAUCAUAACUACACGCCCUUCACCUCGCCGGAACAAAUGAAAGCGCAGAAGGCGGCCGAAAAAUUGGCCAUGGAAAGGCAAACGGCGCAAGGACGCAAAUUUAUUGUGCAGACCACGGCGAAGAAACGGUUCCAGGUGGUGGCCCUGGGCCAGGCGCAAUCUCCACUCAGACAACUACAGCAGUUGCCCCGACAACAGCAGCAAUCGUCCAGGCAACCACAGCAGUUGAGUAAGCAGCCAACGCAGCUAACCAGGCAACAGUUACCCAAGCAGCUGCAGCAACCCCAGCCAACAGCAUCCAAACAGCAACAGCUUAUGGGGACGGGGCCACGAUCCGCUCGCAGCAUUGUUAAUGUGAUUAGCAGCGCGGAGGACUUUCUCGAUGAUGAUGAGGAGGCCAACAGUUCGGCGACGGCUGACGAGGAAAAUGCCGACACUGAGGAGCUGAGCGAACCAAGUGAUGCAUCCCGUGAAACAGACAAUGAUCGGGACAGCGACAUAGAUUUUAAAAUGAACAACAGCCGCAACUCAAACAAACGCAAACGCAUCAAGAAGCUCACACGCCGAUCCCACACACAGUCCGCCCGUAGCCAAGUGGUGCAGACACAAAAGGCGCCGGUGCAACCGGCCGCGACUCCGCCAGCAUUUCCGCAUUUAAAACGCCGCAAGGAGCCAACGCAAGAUGCUAGCUUGGCUCCACCAGCAAUCGGUCAGAUUGUUCAAUUCAACAAUACGAAAGCGCCCGCAACGGUUAUUGCCUUGGGUCGUGGCAUACAAAGUACAUCAUUUCUGAAAAUGCGUCCCACACACAAAUCACUGCCCAUAUCCGCCGCUGGCUCAUCAGCGCCCGAGGCAAUCCGAAUGAGUGCUUCCGCCGUUCUUGCCGCCAAGAUGCGGCGAACACCAAUUGUGCAAGUGGCUCGUACGGGGACGGCACCACCAUUCGUUGCGCCACCGCAGGAUAUCAAAGAGAUUAUCAUCAACAAAAAUAUGUCGAGUCCGAAGGGAGUGUUUACGAAUCUAAACAGUCUCCUGGCCGAGAAUAACAACACAACAAUGCUGACAGCGUCACCGGACAGCAGCAACAAGCAGACGAUUCAACUCAAUUCACCCAGCACUCCCAAGUCCAGUCUGAAUGCAGUGUCAACAACAGCGGCAUCAAGCAGCAAGGGUUUCACACCGAUUGGUGUAGAGACGACUUCCAAGCUGCCUGCCCAGAUUGUUAUCGAGACGCAUCAGAGCUCCUCGGAGCUGGCAGCCGAAAAUGAUAAACAACUUGAUCUCAUUGACUCCAUCGUACUGGAUGAGCUGUUGAAGGCGUCGUUGGUCGAGCAACCGCCAGACGCUGCCGAUGAGAAUACUAUACCCAAACUGGUUCAAAUGCUCGAAAGCAGUGUCGCUUGCCUGGAUAAGGUGGCCAAGCCAAAUGUGGAUGUUGUCAGCGAAUCACAACAACAGAAUUUCGAUGCACAGGCAGCUGUGGACAGCAUUGACGAGGAUAAAAUCACAGCCGAUUUUCUGCAACAUGUGGUCGGCCUUAUCGAGGAGGACAAACAGUUUGAGGCCGAGGUGGUCAAACAGGUCCUGGCCAGCACGGAGACGGGCGGUCUGGAUGCCAUUGCUAGCGUUGUGGCGCCCCAAAUCUUCGAUGCUGCCAACCAGCUGCCAACGAUCUCACAGCCGUUGACGAAUGAAUUUCCCGCCAAUGUUUUAACAAGUUCUUUGGCAAAUUUGCCCAUAGCCAGCAGCACUCCCGCCCGCACCACAACAACAACGAUAUCAUUGGCCUCACGCCCGGACACGAAAGUUGUGCGCAAUGGCCGUGUCAUUUACCUGCCACCCAUCGAGGCGCCCACAACACGAGCCAAGCGACGCGCUCAGAACUUCCCCGCAACGGCGUCGGAUGUGAGCAACUCUUCGUUUGGCGAACCGACGCUAGAUGUCAGUCAAUUGAUCAGCAGCAGCUUGGACAGUGACAUCUUUUCAUCUCAAGUUGGUGGGCUGAUCCGGAAACAGUUGCCCAAGGGGGAGUCUGGCGGCAGUGUAAGGCGGCCCAAGAGAUCAGAUAAGCAGAGUAUGGGCAACGAUGCCAAUGAUCCCGACGCCUCAGAAUCUCAAGAGGACGACGAUGAUCCCAAUAAGCUGUGGUGCAUUUGCCGUCAACCGCACAAUAAUCGUUUCAUGAUAUGCUGUGAUCUAUGCGAGGAUUGGUAUCACGGCACCUGUGUCAGUGUCACAAAGGCCAUGGGCCUGGAAAUGGAACAAAAGGGCAUUGACUGGAAGUGUCCCAAGUGCGUUAAAAAGCAGGAGGAAAAGAGCCAGCCACGCAUCACGGACAUGCUGUUGCCCCAAACAAUUACGGACUCAGUGGAGUGUGUGACGACGUUACCUAAGCAACCAAACGACACGAAAGUAACAGUGGAACUUCAGGAGCUGACGCCCAGGAGACAACCGGGUGUUGCAGUAACUGUGGCAUCGUUACCCACAACCACAACUAAUUCGCUCACAAAGCAACAACAAAAACGACCGCUGAUCACAAAGCCACAGCCGAAAAUGCAUCAGCAGCAGUUGCACUUUAUCAAAUUGGGUUCCAGCAGCAGCAGCAGCGUCGCAUCCGUGUCAGAUGCAAACGUCUGCAUCGUCUGCAAGCGUGCAGCGCGCAUCAAUUCGGUUUAUUGCAGCGACGAUUGUAUUCGCAAGUAUGCCCAGAACGCCAUCCAGGCGCAGACGGUGAGCAAAUCACCUGAACCCCAGCAGCUGGCAGCAGCAGCAACGCAGGCGCCGCUCGCCAAUGCGCUCGAUGCGAAGAAGAACAAAAAGAAGGAUCUGUUUGAGGAUGUGUUGCGACAGGCGGACUCCGUGUCUAAGGUGGAGCGGAUCAAUGUCUUUGAGCGGCGUAGCGGUCGUGCUAUUACGGGUCACUUGGCACCCAGUGCUCAGCAGCUGAAGAAAUGGCUGCAGGACAAUCCCAGCUUUGAGGUAGUCCAGCCAGGCAGUCUGCAGGCACUGGAAAUCGAGAAACGUCAAGGCAAGCGCCAACCGGAACUGGCCUCGCCAGAGGCAACACCCGUCAAAUCUCCCUUGCCAUUUGUAGUACAAAAACCACCCGAAACACAGAGAUCAAUUCAGCUGCUGCCAACCCUGCCGAACACAGUCAAAAAGGAGAAGGUCGUCGCCAAGACACCGAUUACUCAAAGGCGCACACUCACCAAGAGCAGCACGGAACGGUCUGGGAGCAAAUCUCAGCCGGAGCCCAUACGUUUGAAUAUACGACGCACGCUCAAAGAGCAGUUGCUGGCGCGCAUUAAGGAGGCCCAGGAUGCGGAUCUGGCAGCGGACCAGUCUCAGUGGCUGACGGCGUCGGAGGUGGAGAACUUUGUGAAGAGAGUGGAGUCGGAAAUGUAUCAUUCGUUUGGACGGGAUGUGGGUGCAAAGUACAAGUCCAAAUAUCGCUCCCUCAUAUUUAACAUCAGGGAUCGCAAGAAUAAGACACUCUUCGAGAAGAUAUGUGCCAAACAAGUGGAGCCCAAGCAGCUGGUGAGAAUGACGCCGUCUGAGCUCGCCAGCCAAGAGCUGGCCAAGUGGCGCGAGGAGGAAAAUCGCCAUCAGUUGGACAUCAUCAAAAAGUCCGAGCUAGACUUGUUGGCAUGCGCACAAAACUAUGUGGUGAAGACGCACAAGGGCGAGGAGGUAAUCGAGGCAAAGUUGGAUGUAACGUUGCCCGAGGAGGAGUUAGAACCGGAGUCAAAUAAAGAAUUGCUGCUUGACAGCUUCGACAGCAAAUCAGCAUCCCAGUGUACAGCUGACACUUCGACCGCCACAGACACUUCCAGCAAAGAGAUUGAUCUAGAGCGUUCUCAUGGCAAGGAGAAAACUACGAAAUUGCGGGAUAAGGGGCACAGUCGGGAGCGUGACAGAGACAAGGAGAAGGAACGUGAUAAACGGCACAAAAGCCGCAAGCAUCAUUAUCAAAGCGGCAGCAAAAGAAGCCGCAGUCGGUCAAGCAGUGAAGGCCACAGUCAACGCGGCCACAAGCGGCAUCAUCACGAUCACGAUGCCGAUAAGGUAGAGAAGGCGGAGAAGGAGCCACCGGCACGUGAGAAACAACUGAGCAAGGAACGUUCCGAAAAAGUGCAAUCCCCCCUGCAAAAUAAACCAGCUGCAGAAAAGAAGGUCGAGCAGCCUUUGACCUUCAGUUUGGUCGAUCAAAUACUAGAGUCGGAGAAAACGGUCGAACAGGCCGCCAAUCUCAGACAGCCCGCGAAGCCAACGCUAAAACCAUUGCCCACAAAGCCAGUGGCCAAAUCAGAAGUGCGUGCUCCUGUUUCGGAUAAAUACGUUCGCUAUUUGCAGAGCAUUUCCAGCCCGGCCCUCUGGACUGGCAAUUUGAAUAUGGUGGAUGUGACCGAUUUUGAUGUGAUCAUACAUCCCGUAUAUGGCAACACAGGCCAAUUGGGUAAACUGAUGCCAGCCAAUCUGGAUGUUAUUGGUCGCAUAACGCGUGUUAAUGUCUGGGAUUAUAUUAAGAAGAUCCGAAAGAGUCCCACCAAAGAGAUUAUAAUUGUCAAUUUGUUUCCUGCUAGCGUCUCGCAGACAGUCAAAUUCGACAGCUUCUUCGAAUAUCUGGAUACUCGCCAGCGACUUGGUGUCUUGGGCGCCGACUCGGAGGAGAUUCGAGAUUUUUAUAUAUUCCCAUUGGGUACCCACGACAAGUUGCCCACGGUGCUGCAAACGUUGGAUAGUGUACCAUUUUACGAGGAUACGCAACGACCAAAUACGCUGCUGGGCAUCAUUGUGCGCCAUCUGACCAAUCGUUUGGUUAACCUCAGCCAGUCACUGCCCUCAUCUGUGGCCGCUGCCAGCAAUAAGACUGCCAAGAUGUUAAGCAAAACACGUGUUAGGACUACGUUCACGCCGCCGUGCAGUCCGAAGCGCAAGCCUAGCACGCACUCGACCAGCUCCAAGGAUGAUGAGUUUGAUAUUGACGCCAUCAUCAAGGCGCCCAUUGCCAAGCUGCAAAGAACAAAUGUUUCAAUAGAACCGAGGACUAGCUUAGAUGAUCAAAAUGCGCCCUAUUCGCCAGGCGGCAGUUCUGACGACAGUGAUGUCUUGUCUGCACUGCCUCCAGCUAAUAAGGAUGAACUUGAGCGUAAAGUGGAUGAAAUUAAUAAGCAAAUCGCUGCACAACGCAUGGAAAUUGCCGGUCUGCUAAAUAUGGAACCAUCGUCUCUGGACAAGCCCACGUCAUCAUCUAAUGUGCUAGCCGGCAUAUCAAUUCCACCCAAUCUGACAAAGAUUUUAGCAAGCUUAAAGGAGCAGAGCGAAUCGAAUAAGGCAGCUUCCAGCGAUAAUGAGUACAAUCCGAAAAAUGCAAUAACCCUAAAUAGUUCAUACGCUAUGUCAAAUCAAAAUGCAGACGGUGUGACAAAGACUAAAAGUCGCUUGGCGCAGCUAAGUGAAGCUGAGCUUCUUAGUAUGGUGCCGGAUAAUCUGGUGGAUAUACCGUCGACGCCAUCACCAUCUAUCAGACACAGUGAGCCUCCACCGCCCGGUGUGUAGACAAUGGCUCAGUACGAUUAUAAUAUAAUCACAUUAAUAAUGAUAAUAAUAAUAAUGUAGAAUUAACGUAUGUACGUGACUAGCUUUCA